AUGUACGACCGGGCUCCUCGCGCCUUGACUGUGCCCUUGGGCUCCACGAGCUCCUACCUGGGCCCGGGCGCCUAUGAGUUGCUGCCCAGGAGUGUACCGCGCCGAGUGGGGUAUGCUCCAUUUCUUUCUCUGACCAGUCGAGGCUUUGAGGGUACAUCUCAGAAUGCUGAGAAUGACCUUCCGGGGCCAGGACACUAUGACGUUGUCAAAGAACAGAAAAUUGUUCGAGGGGGCCAGAGUCCUCAGUACAAAGAGAAACGUUUCAAAGAGAUCCGCACUGAUACUCCAGGUCCUGGAACCUAUUACCAGCCUCCUUCAGUGGGUGUGGAAAUCCAAAAUAAGAUGAAGCAGUCAUCUAAAAUUCCUGAGGGUCAGAAAGUGGCCAGCAGUCUGAAACUGUUCCGAAAGACAGAUGCUCCCUCUAUCCCAUCCCGAGGGCAAACAUUUGGUUAUGAAGAGUCUGAGGAUGGCAGUCUUCUCAAACAUAACCCUCCUGAUAAAGACAAUACUUUAGGUCCAGCAUACUAUCAGGCAGACCCGAAUUAUCCCGGUGUUACCGUCAAAUACAAAGGAGCUCAUUUUGGCAACCUGACGGAAAAGAGACAUGAAUUUAAGCCACGUGAGGGCCCUGGACCUGCAGACUAUGAUGUAACCCAGGAAGGUGCUGUGUAUUAUGAGAACGUCAACAUCAAGAAGGAAGGCCUGAAAAAAUACGACCUCUGCAUUCCUCGCUAUCAUGAAAUAAUAGCAUUACAGGCGGAAAAGAAGGCGAUACCAGGUCCUGGACAAUACAAUAUAAAAAGUCAGUUUCAAAAGGCAGAGGGCACAUCACAAGGUGGAAGUGAAGUUGCUCCUUUUCUUUCACUCGCUGAGAGAUUUACACCUGUGAAAUCAUCCACCCCAGCUCCUGGCACAUAUAAUGAGACACGUUCUGCACUCGAGUCCUUGAGGAAAGCAUCUAAAAAUAUCCCAUUUGGUCAUACCUCAGUUCGAUUUACUGAGGACUACAGGCUGAAAAGAACACCAGGUCCUGCAUUCUAUAAUAUCCUCAAUUAUAGCAUAUCAACAGAAAGUCCUAAAAAAGCUGCUUUGAGGGAAAAGAAGAAAAAUGCAUUUGGUUCUUCAGUUCCUCGGCUUCUAUAUUUAGUGAAGAGGCAAGCUUUUACUACCCCUGGACCUGCUGAUUAUCAGUUUGAAGAGACCUCGAAAGCAUCACACAAAAAAGCAAAGCAGUUGUCUGUUUUUGUGUCAGCAACGGAGAGAAUUCCAGUAAUUUGUACGGAAGCUCCGCCACCAGGCUCAUAUGAUGUUCAAAAAUCAUUUGCAAAAUCACAAGGCAAACGCGAGUACAUGCCUCCCCGGACUGUGAUGGCUAAAAGAAAGCAUGCUUCUUUUCUCAGUGGAACACCUAGGGAAGGAUUGCAUAAGGCCAAGGCACCAGGACCAGGGGCUUACAAUCCAGUUGUGAAGUCAGCUUCUUGUCUUACUUUAUGGGUUUCUCGGAUGGAGCGUUUCAGAGAGGCAAAGGAUGAGACUCCUGGUCCUGGAGCAUACCAGCUGAGUCCACUCUUUAGAGAUACGGUCCUGAAGAGAACAUACAACUCCACGUUGAAUAACCCUCUUGUGAUUCAAUUGGAGGAGAGUUUCAAACCUCAUAUAGACAGGGAAGGCGUCCUCUGUGUGUCUAGUGAAAGACAAAGAAAAAUGAUGCAGUACCAGGUAUGUGAUGAUGAGUGAGUUCCUCAGAAUGCCG